GCUGUGCCCACAACAACUGAAGUGGUCACAACAACUAGUGCUGUUUUGACUACCACUCCUACAGGAACAACCUCUGAGGAGACAACUGUUGUGACUACCAGCCCAGUGUCAACUACCACUGGACAAGCAACAAGUACUGAAGUUUCAACCACUAGUGUAACAACUACCUCAGCUGGUACAACUACUGCAGGUCCAACUUCAACUGAACAAACCACUACCACGGUUGUGACAUCUUCUCCUGAGGCAACCACCACAGAGAUAACCACUGUGGAGAUAACUUCAGGGCCAGCCACAACAUCAGUUACGACAGCUGGACCAACAACUACACAAGCAUCAACAACUACGACAAAUGUCACUACAGUAUCGGUUCCAUCAACUACAGCUGCAGCUACAACCUCGGCUGUGCCCACAACAACUGAAGUGGUCACAACAACUAGUGCUGUUUUGACUACCACUCCUACAGGAACAACCUCUGAGGAGACAACUGUUGUGACUACCAGCCCAGUGUCAACUACCACUGGACAAGCAACAAGUACUGAAGUUUCAACCACUAGUGUAACAACUACCUCAGCUGGUACAACUACUGCAGGGCCAACUUCAACUGAACAAACCACUACCACGGUUGUGACAUCUUCUCCUGAGGCAACCACCACAGAGAUAACCACUGUGGAGAUAACUUCAGGGCCAGCCACAACAUCAGUUACGACAGCUGGACCAACAACUACACAAGCAUCGACAACUACGACAAAUGUCACUACAGUAUCGGUUCCAUCAACUACAGCUGCAGCUACAACCUCGGCUGUGCCCACAACAACUGAAGUGGUCACAACAACUAGUGCUGUUUUGACUACCACUCCUACAGGAACAACCUCUGAGGAGACAACUGUUGUGACUACCAGCCCAGUGUCAACUACCACUGGACAAGCAACAAGUACUGAAGUUUCAACCACUAGUGUAACAGCUACCUCAGCUGGUACAACUACUGCAGGUCCAACUUCAACUGAACAAACCACUACCACGGUUGUGACAUCUUCUCCUGAGGCAACCACCACAGAGAUAACCACUGUGGAGAUAACUUCAGGGCCAGCCACAACAUCAGUUACGACAGCUGGACCAACAACUACACAAGCAUCAACAACUACGACAAAUGUCACUACAGUAUCGGUUCCAUCAACUACAGCUGCAGCUACAACCUCGGCUGUGCCCACAACAACUGAAGUGGUCACAACAACUAGUGCUGUUUUGACUACCACUCCUACAGGAACAACCUCUGAGGAGACAACUGUUGUGACUACCAGCCCAGUGUCAACUACCACUGGACAAGCAACAAGUACUGAAGUUUCAACCACUAGUGUAACAACUACCUCAGCUGGUACAACUACUGCAGGGCCAACUUCAACUGAACAAACCACUACCACGGUUGUGACAUCUUCUCCUGAGGCAACCACCACAGAGAUAACCACUGUGGAGAUAACUUCAGGGCCAGCCACAACAUCAGUUACGACAGCUGGACCAACAACUACACAAGCAUCGACAACUACGACAAAUGUCACUACAGUAUCGGUUCCAUCAACUACAGCUGCAGCUACAACCUCGGCUGUGCCCACAACAACUGAAGUGGUCACAACAACUAGUGCUGUUUUGACUACCACUCCUACAGGAACAACCUCUGAGGAGACAACUGUUGUGACUACCAGCCCAGUGUCAACUACCACUGGACAAGCAACAAGUACUGAAGUUUCAACCACUAGUGUAACAACUACCUCAGCUGGUACAACUACUGCAGGUCCAACUUCAACUGAACAAACCACUACCACGGUUGUGACAUCUUCUCCUGAGGCAACCACCACAGAGAUAACCACUGUGGAGAUAACUUCAGGGCCAGCCACAACAUCAGUUACGACAGCUGGACCAACAACUACACAAGCAUCGACAACUACGACAAAUGUCACUACAGUAUCGGUUCCAUCAACUACAGCUGCAGCUACAACCUCGGCUGUACCCACAACAACUGAAGUGGUCACAACAACUAGUGCUGUUUUGACUACCACUCCUACAGGAACAACCUCUGAGGAGACAACUGUUGUGACUACCAGCCCAGUGUCAACUACCACUGGACAAGCAACAAGUACUGAAGUUUCAACCACUAGUGUAACAUCUACCUCAGCUGGUACAACUACUGCAGGGCCAACUUCAACUGAACAAACCACUACCACGGUUGUGACAUCUUCUCCUGAGGCAACCACCACAGAGAUAACCACUGUGGAGAUAACUUCAGGGCCAGCCACAACAUCAGUUACAACAGCUGGACCAACAACUACACAAGCAUCGACAACUACGACAAAUGUCACUACAGUAUCGGUUCCAUCAACUACAGCUGCAGCUACAACCUCGGCUGUGCCCACAACAACUGAAGUGGUCACAACAACUAGUGCUGUUUUGACUACCACUCCUACAGGAACAACCUCUGAGGAGACAACUGUUGUGACUACCAGCCCAGUGUCAACUACCACUGGACAAGAAACAAGUACUGAAGUCUCAACCACUAGUGUAACAACUACCUCAGCUGGUACAACUACUGCAGGUCCAACUGCAACUGAACAAACCACUACCACGGUUGUGACAUCUUCUCCUGAGGCAACCACCACAGAGAUAACCACUGUGGAGAUAACUUCAGGGCCAGCCACAACAUCAGUUACGACAGCUGGACCAACAACUACACAAGCAUCGACAACUACGACAAAUGUCACUACAGUAUCGGUUCCAUCAACUACAGCUGCAGCUACAACCUCGGCUGUGCCCACAACAACUGAAGUGGUCACAACAACUAGUGCUGUUUUGACUACCACUCCUACAGGAACAACCUCUGAGGAGACAACUGUUGUUACUACCAGCCCAGUGUCAACUACCACUGGACAAGCAACAAGUACUGAAGUUUCAACCACUAGUGUAACAACUACCUCAGCUGGUACAACUACUGCAGGUCCAACUUCAACUGAACAAACCACUACCACGGUUGUGACAUCUUCUCCUGAGGCAACCACCACAGAGAUAACCACUGUGGAGAUAACUUCAGGGCCAGCCACAACAUCAGUUACGACAGCUGGACCAACAACUACACAAGCAUCGACAACUACGACAAAUGUCACUACAGUAUCGGUUCCAUCAACUACGGCUGCAGCUACAACCUCGGCUGUGCCCACAACAACUGAAGUGGUCACAACAACUAGUGCUGUUUUGACUACCACUCCUACAGGAACAACCUCUGAGGAGACAACUGUUGUGACUACCAGCCCAGUGUCAACUACCACUGGACAAGCAACAAGUACUGAAGUCUCAACCACUAGUGUAACAACUACCUCAGCUGGUACAACUACUGCAGGUCCAACUUCAACUGAACAAACCACUACCACGGUUGUGACAUCUUCUCCUGAGGCAACCACCACAGAGAUAACCACUGUGGAGAUAACUUCAGGGCCAGCCACAACAUCAGUUACGACAGCUGGACCAACAACUACACAAGCAUCGACAACUACGACUAAUGUCACUACAGUAUCGGUUCCAUCAACUACAGCUGCAGCUACAACCUCAGCUGUACCCACAACAACUGAAGUGGUCACCACAACCACUACCAUCGUAACAACCACUCCUACAGGAACAACCUCUGAGAAGACGACUGUUGUUACCAGUAGUCCACAAUCUACAACUACUGGAUCCCAGCCUUCUACCACUGAGGAGGUGUCUUCCACAACUGUUCCAGCCUCGACAACUAUUACACCAAACGCCACAACUGUUCCAGCCUCGACAACUAUUACACCAAACGCCACCACUGUUCCAGCCUCGACAACUAUUACACCAAACGCCACCACUGUUCCAGCCUCGACAACUAUUACACCAAACGCCACAACUGUUCCAGCCUCGACAACUAUUACACCAAACGCCACCACUGUUCCAGUCUCGACAACUAUCUCACCAAAUGCCACCACUUCAGUUGGCACUACAGCGACUGCCCAGCUGCCCAUCACCUAUUCAACAACAACAGAAGUGGUUGAGUCACCGUGCAAGUUCCAGAAAACCUACAACUUUUUGUACAUCGGGGAUUGCAUCUCGACGCUGCCGAUCAAACACACAGAUUGUGUUGGACAGUGCCCCUCCAACAGCCACGUGCUCACUGGGAUAAGCUCUACCGUCGAGUUCAACUGUGGAUGUUGCACGCCUUCUGUACUACACAAGAACUACGUUCAGGUGCGCUGUCAGAACGGAACAGAGUUUAUCCAUCCUUAUUAUGAGAUCAAGGAAUGUGCCUGCCAUCCUUGUAAAUUCGACCCGUUUAUGUCUCUGGUCGUCAACGAAUACCGAGAGGGAUAAACUAAACACCUUCCAUUUUUAACUUUCUUGGGUCCAACAAUUUGUUUACAAAGAUUUAUGUGAAGUCAAAUGAGUAUCUUUUUAUUUGGUUUUUCGUUUGGUGGUAGUGUUUGCUUUUUGCACAAUGCAACUCUCGCAUUAAAGACAGUGGACACUAUCGGUAAAUGUCAAAGACCAGUC